AUGUUGUUGGGGGAAAACUUGGAUCUCACGGGCAUUAAGAGAUACAACAGGCUUCGUAACACUUCAUCCUAUUUCUGCAUAACUUUCGAUGCAUAUGAUCCAGCUACCCGCGAGAAGGUGGGUUUUCAGGUUAAAGUUUAUGAAGAGCGUAUUCACCCUUUAAAUGUGACGUGUACUAUUGCUCGACCUAAAGAUAAAUUUGAAUAUGACUCUUGA